AAGAGAAACCGAAGUGUAGUUGAGCUCUUGUAUGUUUGAAUCUCUCUGUAUUUCUACAGUAAAAUGGCAGGAGCCAGAUUUUCUCAGGAAGACUUCUCGUGUCCCUUGUGUCUGGAUCUCCUGAAGGAUCCAGUGACUAUCCAGUGUGGACACAGUUACUGUAUGAGCUGCAUUACAGACUGCUGGAAUACGGAGGAACAGAAGAGAGUCUACAGCUGCCCUCAGUGCAGAAAGACCUUCAGUCCAAGACCUGCUUUAUGUAAGAAUGUGGUGUUUGCUGGAAUGGUGGAGAAACUGAAGAAGAGGAAACGUCCUGCUGACUGUUACGCUGGAGCUGGAGAUGUGCAGUGUGACGUCUGUACUGGAAGAAAACACAAAGCUGCCAAGUCCUGUCUGAUGUGUCUGAACUCUUACUGUCAGAAUCACCUUGAACAACAUGAGAGUUGGUUUAAAGGAAAGAAACACAGUUUGACUGAUGCCACUGGACGACUGCAGGAGAUGAUCUGCAAGAAACAUGAGAAGCCCCUUGAGGUUUUCUGUCGCACUGAUCAGAAAUGUAUAUGUGUGCUGUGCAUGGAUGAACAUAAAAACCACAGCACUUUAUCAGCUGCAGCGCACAGGACAGAAAAACAGAAACAGCUGAAGAAGAUGCAGAAGACGCUCCAGCAGAGAAUCCAGCAGAGAGAGAAA